CCAGCUCAGGUGGUGCGGGUCUGACGGCCAGGGUGGCUGGCUCCUAGAUGGUCGGACAAGGAAGUUCCCCCAAGGGCAACUGCCUGCCGAUCCCGGUUGCAAGAGAACGCCCACUCCUCCUCACCGCGAGCCGGUCCGGAGGGUAGUGGAGCCGCCCGAGGGCGAUCAGGGCUCGGGGUGAAGAAACACUGGAGAGGCAGGGCCGGUGCCCUCGGGCGAGGGGCGGCAGGAGCCCGCCCCGGCCCCCGGGGCCGCGCGAGAACAGGCGGGGCGGCCCCCGCGCCGCCUCCGCGAUCGAUGUAUGGGCACUCGACAGCGGCAGAGGAGGCAGCGGCGAUGGCGCUGAGCGGGGUACGGGUGCUGGAGCUCGCCGGGCUGGCGCCCGCGCCACUCUGCGGGAUGAUCCUCGCCGACUUCGGAGCGCAGGUGGUGCGAGUCGACCGCCUGUCCCAGUCCGCCGCGGCCUUGGCGCACGGAGACGUGCAGGCCCGCGGGAAGCGCUCUUUGGCGCUAGACCUGAAGCAGCCGCAGGGCGCCGCGGUGCUGAGGCGGCUGUGCGGCAGGGCGGACGUGCUUAUCGAGCCCUUCCGCCACGGUGUCAUGGAAAGACUUGGUCUUGGCCCAGAGGUCCUUCUACAGGAGAAUCCCAGACUCAUCUAUGCUAGACUUACUGGUUUUGGCCAGACAGGAAAAUAUGCCAAGUCUGCGGGUCAUGACAUCAAUUACUUGGCUUUAUCAGGUGUGCUGUCAAAGCUGGGUAGAAAGAAUGAAAAUCCUUAUGCACCUGUAAACCUUCUGGCUGAUUUUGCUGGUGGGGGUGUCAUGUGUGCACUGGGCAUUGUUAUAGCCCUCUUUGAACGUGCCAGAUCUGGCAGAGGGCAGGUCAUUGAUGCAAGUAUGGUAGAAGGAGUAGCAUACCUAAGUUCUUUCCUGUGGAAGUCACAAAAUUUGGGACUUUGGAGCCAGCCUCGAGGUGAAAACCUGCUAGAUAGUGGUGCGCCUUUUUAUGAAAUCUACAGGACCUCUGAUGGAAAAUUCAUGGCUGUUGGUGCCAUUGAGCCUAAAUUUUAUAACCAGUUAAUAAAAGGUCUUGGGCUAAAUUUAGAUGAACUCCCUUCUCAGAUGAGUUUCUCCCACUGGCCUGAAAUGAAGAAAAAAUUCGCAUCCAUAUUUGCACAGAAGACGCAGGAUGAGUGGUGCAGCAUAUUUGAUAGCACUGAUGCCUGUGUGACCCCUGUUUUAUCCUUCAAGGAUGCUGCCUCACAUCAGCAUAACAAAGAAAGAAAUUCUUUUAUCAAAAAUGAUGAGGAAGAGAUAAGUCCUAGACCUGCUCCUGUUCUAUCAAGGACUCCUGCUGUUCCAUCAUGUAAGAGAGAUCCUUUUAUAGGAGAGCACACAGAGGAGAUACUUCUAGAAUAUGGGUUUACUAAGCAAGAGAUUGAUAAACUUCAUUCUGAUAAAGCAAUAGAAUUGAAGGACCUAAAAGCUAAUUUAUAAUCUCUUGACUGUGCAUAUCAGAUAAAUUUCAGGCUGAUAGUGUAAGCUUUUAUGCUUUAAAAUUGAACUAUAUGACACAUAAAUUUUGGCAUAAUAUUAAUUUUAAAUAAUUUAUAUUUUUUAAAUUAUUGACAUUUUAAAUUUAAUUUGAAAACAGACUUACAUUGAUCUGUUUUCUAGAAUGAUACUACAGUUGUGAUCUGAAGGUCUACGUAGUUUACUUUUUAAGCACCUGUAAACUCUCAGAAUGUUUAAAUAUUGUGUCCUUUGGUUUGAUUAUUUUAAUUCUUGGUUACACCAUUGAUUUGCAAUACAUGUUGUAAUUACCUGAAAGCAAUUAUUUUAAUAAAAUGUAGUUAUAUUCUUCUUAAA